GCGAAAUGGGCUUCCAGAUAUUUCGCAGCUGAGUCCAAAACACACGAGAAAGACUGUCUCGGUCUUAUUAGUACGUGGAUUUUUAAGUCUUUCGUAAUCUCUAAAGAGCCUUUGUAAGACACAGCCAUGGUUUGCAUUCCCUGUAUUGUGAUUCCUGUCCUGUUGUGGGUCUACAAGAGGUUCCUGGAGCCUAUCCUUUACCCCUUCAUUUCACCCUUCAUUAAUACAUUCUGGACCAAGAAGGCAGUCCAAGAAACUGGAACGAGUGACCAAAAACUUAGUCAAGAGUGUAAUGGAACAAGCAAGCCUGAAAGCAAUGGUGAGGUCAUUGCAAAUGGAUCAACUGUUGUAGCAGAUAAGAAGACAGACUGAUGGCUCCAAACUGUUGAUAUGCAUUAAAGCUUUGUAAAUAUAGCAUUAUAUAAUGUAUAGAGAAACUAUUGAUUAACUUAACUCUGUUUAACAAAAUUUUUAUAACUCACCAAACGUAUGUUAAACUUUUCUUUUGUCAUGACUUAAAGGAAUUGGUUCUUGUUGACAUAUUUUAUUUGUUAACCACAAAUUGAAUAAAUAAAAAAAUGAAUAAAUUGAAUGAAAAAUUGUCAACCAGAAUGUCUAGAAUGUUUUUUUUAAUUAACCAAAAUUUUUAAGAGUCAAAGUUUUAAGGAUCAAUAAAGGAAACAUGAAUGUG